CCGGCACAGAACAGGUAGGACGGGUUCGCAGGACGGCAGAUUCCCACAACUGUGCCGCCUGUGUCGUCACAAACGGACGAGAAUUCUCUGUCACCACCGGGCGCGCCUAAACACAAACAAUGAGCAACAAAGGAGAUUCGCUGGUCAGUGGGGCCAAGUUCUUUAAGGUCAAGGAGGCGAAGGGCCUGAAGAUGAAGAGUGUUCUCCUGGGCAUCAGUAAGACGGACAUCAUCAAGAUGGACAAGAAGACCAAUGAGAUCCUGGAGACCUGGCCACUGGAGGACGUCAAGAGGUGGGCGGGGUCACCCAAGACAUUCGCCCUGGAUUUUGGUGAUGAGAAGUACACUGUGCGUACUCCUGAUGGUGAUGGUGAGCGCAUGUCCAGACUGGUUUCCAAGAACAAGCCGUCUACUCUCCCAAGGACGAUGUCGCCUUCGGACCCUAACAGCCCGAUGUGGAAGACCAACAGUCUCCCUGGGUCCAAUGGAAGUAGUCCCGGCCCAUGGACCGCACCACUCCCCACCCCCAUGGUGCCUACGUCACGGAUUAUUGACAGGUCACCGGUCAAUAUCACUCCGCGGAUGGUCGUGGAACCCUCGACUGUUCCCGCUCCGGCCACGGCUACCAUCAUCGAGAAGAAAAACGAACCGAAGCGCAAGAGGCCGGCGCGCGAUCCUUCACCGGAACUUGAUAAGAGGUCAUCGACGGAAAGCGUUGCCGUUGACGUGUACUCGCCACCGAAGUAUGAAACAACCAUAACUCAUGAGACAGUGGUGAAGCAUGAACCAUCCGUGAAGAAGGAGCCUAAAAAGGUGGUGAAGUAUGACAUCCAGAAGAUCCAGGGCCAGGCCAUCGUCAACCUGCCUCCGCCGGAGAAGAAGAAGAAGAAGACGGUCAAGGACACUGAGUACGAGUACAUCGUGGAGCAGCACACCAAGGAGGUCCACUACGGCAUCGAGAAGAAAUCCGGCAAGUCCAUCAUCAACCUGGAGGCACUCAAGCCUAAGAAGAAGAAGGUUGAACUGGAACCGAUGGAGAAGGAGGAACCAGAAGAGAAAGUCAAGGAAAGGGUGGAGAAGGAGGAGAUAGAUCCUGUCAACGAAGAGUUCUUCAAGAAGCUGAACGAAGAAUAUUUGAAGGGCAUCGAGGCGCCUACCAUAACGAGGACGAUGGUUCCAAUUAUUCCCACCGUUGAGGAUGAGGCAGUUGAAGAGGACAUCGCCGUUGACGACGUGUCCCUCAACUUCUGCGCGUUCUUCCGGAAAUAUGGUGACCUGGAGCCAGCCGAGGUUCCGGAGGUGGAACUGCACGAGAAAGGACGGGCGGAGAUGCCGGAAAUGGACGUCGAUGCUGUUCCGGUCGUUGAAGAUGAAAUCAUUCCCGAAAAGGUUGUGAACGAGAAGAAGAUCGUGCCUGAGGUUGUCUACCCUGUCUAUGACGAGUUCUUCCGGAACUAUCCUGAGAUGUUGCCCGAGAAGGAAGAGCCCGUGGUGAAAGAAGAACCGAAGUCUGAAGAGCUUAUGUUGCGCCGCAAGGAGGAAGAGCCAGAGCACGUUCAGACACGCCGUAUCUACGCUACACCAGUGCCUGGUGGUGAUGAUGAGGAGGAAUCAUCAUCAGGUCCAGACGGAUUGUCUUCCAGCGCUAACGUUGCCGUGACGGCAAUGGCACAGGAACGCGAUCACACCAGAAGUCUCCAAGGGCUGGACCCGCGGCAGCGCAGGGUGGUUGAGCCCGCCCCGCCAGAGGACGACCCGCUCACCAACACCAAGCUGCGGCUGGUGAAGGAGACUCGGGAGUUCCACAGGUCUGCCACCAAGGUCGUCAUCAUCACCACCACAUCAACCAAGUCUACCACCAUCGUGUCAGCAGAAGCAAAGGCAUCGAGCAAAAUCGUCAGCAAGCUCAUCUCAACUGAGCACUUCAGCAGAGCCGAGUCGCUUGCCGAGUCAGCGGAGAAGGUUGAGGUGGCCGCCAUAGAGAUCAAGUCCCUGGCGAAGGAGGUGUCCGCCCGGGCCGAGGGAGUCAACAACGAGGUGGCGGAGCUGGUGGUGGGGUACAGCGAGGAGCUGGCGGAGAUGCUGGAGGUCGCCAUUGAGUUCUGUGAGAUGGCGGAGGACAAACUGCAGAUGGCGUACGUCCUGGCGCUGGUGAAGGAGGUCUGCAUCGCCGCCUCCACGCUUCUGGACAACGCCAGGAAACUCAUCGAGGAGCCGGACAAACCACGGCACAAGAUUGCCCUGGCCAUGUCUGCUAAGGGCGUGACUAACAACAUCAGUGACUUCCUGGACGCUGUACUGAACUGGCCCAUAGAGCCCAAGUACGACGGCUUUGACGCCCAGGGACGAACAGAUGACCUGAUGGACACCCUCGGACUGAAGGACAAGGACAGGAACAACGACACAAACCUACAGAGGCAGCUGCGUGACAGAGCCGAGGACAUGGAGAAGUACUGGAAAAACGGAGAUCCCAACUACAAGGGCUACAAGUAUCCUACAUACAAGGACGAGAUCUACGGAGAGGGACAAGACAGGCCUAGGGAGAGCGAUUCCAACAACAGGGAUGGCAGCGAUGCUAAGUAUGAUUCCAACAACAGGGAUGGCAGCGAUGCUAAGUAUGAUUCCAACAACAGGGAUGGCAGCGAUGCUAAGUAUGAUUCCAACAACAGGGAUGGCAGCGAUGCUAAGUAUGAUUCCAACAACAGGGAUGGCAGCGAUGCUAAGUAUAAGAACGAGCUAGACGGAGAGAAGACAACAGCAUAAAUCGAUAAAAAGGGAUAAAACCUGAAGAUAUCAUAUCAACACGUUCUCUCACGUAUUUGUCACGCAGCUACGUCUGUAUUGGUGUAUAACGGGGUUUGAUAUGUCUCCUAUAUGUAUGACUAAUGCCUUUUUGGCUUAUACGUAUACAGUAGGCAUAUGUGUAUCUAUAUACUCCAGACUUGACUAAGGAUAUACAUAUA